AUGGCCAAAGCCGUCAUCUCAGAUGACGAGGUGGUGGACGCACAAGUGUUACAAGAGCUCAAAGGACCUACGAUCGCGCAUCCAUUCUGUUUCCUGGGCUUGAAGUGGCUCACCCGCGCAAACGGCUCCAAGCUCGGUCACUUCCUUAUCCACUCGUUGGAUCUACCGCAGUAUCCAAAGCUAAGGAAGGAGCUGGGCCUCGUGAGAGCGCGAGUGUCAUCCUGUGUCUUACUGCGACAACGAGAGGACGACCCGAACCUGGUGGACGUCUUCAUGACAGGACGAGUAGCAGCACAGGGUCGCGUACUGGACAGUCUCGCUCUGCUAUCUACGGCCAAUGGCCUCACGUACUUCUGGAAAGCAGGUGUCUGUGCACAACGCAGAAAACUCGCUUGGCGUUUGCAGCACAAACGCAAGUUGCCACCAGUGGUCUCUCCAUCGCUUUGUCCCUUGUGUACUAAAGGCCUGGAUCGCGCCUUCAGUUCACCUUCCAUGUGCGAGAUGUGUGGCGUCCGGAUGUGCUCACGCUGUACUGUGACCCACAAGCUGCUCUUCCCUGGUGCUUUCGGGAGUAAAGAGACUCAUUUGGUCGCGGUGAAGCUCUGCACUCCUUGCAUCUCGCAAACAACUGAAGAGGAUCCAGUGGCCAUCGCACGGCAGGAGAUCCGAGCUGGUCAAUACGGCGCUCUUACGUCGCCGAGAAGUGCCAGGUAUCGCAACCGCGCCUUCAAUGUGGUUAAACCGCAGCACAGGAUCGAUUUAUCUGCUUCAGCCGGUCCACCUGUAACGAAGAACCAAUUGUCUAACCAACCGAGGGUCAACUUUGCGGCUUCCGUUGUUGGUCCAGCACCCUUGAAAGACAACGACGAUGACGUCGAUGAAAAAGUGACAAGACAGGCCCAACAGAGCUGUACGACGAUCCUCGGGACGAGUUAG